AUGUGGCAUUGUUCGGAAGAUGGGAGAUUCUCGGUGAAGAGUGCUUAUAAUUUAAUCACUGUUGAGCAAAUGAGAGACACUGCUUCUUCGUCAAAUGUGGGUGUUCCUUUCGAUUGGAAGAUGGUAUGGAAUGUGGAGGUCCCGCAAAAGAUUAAAAUGUUGGCUUGGCGGGGUGUUAGAGAUGUAGUUGCUUCUCAUGGCAACCUUGCUCGAAGAGGUGUAACUCUUGAAUUGACAUGUCCUAUGAAAAUUCCAAGGGAGAAUCUUAGAGAGUGGUGCAGUUCGGUGUGGAAGUUUGUCAAAGACUUAAAUUGGUGGAGCCUGUUUUGGAGUAUUGCUUGGGGAGUGUGGCUGCGACGCAAUGGCUGGACUUUUGACAGAAAGAGGAUGGUGGGAACUGAUGUUAUUCGCAAAGCAGUGAGUAUAGUUGGCAAAUUUGAACUAGCGAAGGAGGUAAGAAAUACUAACCCACAUGCCAUGCUGUUUGAGACUCGCUGGAAGCCUCCAUUAGCUGGAGUGAUUAAAUUAAAUUCUGAUGCUGCUUUGCUCUCGCCAAAUGAGGUGGGUUUUGGUGGAGCGAUGAGGGAUUAUGUUGGAGAUGUAGUGGUUGCAACUUGCUUUAGGAUGGAGGGUGGUUUCGAUGUGGAUAUAGCGGAAGCCUUGGCUAUGAGACACGCUCUAAGUAUCACAAUGGAGGCAGGUUUCUUGCGACUUUGUUUAGAGACAAAUUGCCUGAAGCUUCAUAGCCAUUUGAAGAAGGGAUAUGUCACUCCUACUCCUUUUGGCAGAAUUGUUAGUGAUAUCCUAACUCUCUCUCGUUUGUGUCAUUUUUGUUCCUCUUCGUUUGUGAAACGAGAUGGAAAUCGAGUAGCUCAUGGUUUAGCAAAAGCUUGUAAUCAGUUUUCUAAUCUUAGAGUAUGGUUAGAGGAGUGUCCUAGUGAUGUAAUGGAGUUGGUUUUGGCUGAUUUAAGCCACAAUGAUGCUUAA